GUUUGAAAUGUGUAACUUGUAAAGAUGCCACUAGUGGAGCUGAUACUUGUAGGAUAUGUCAGAAACCUUGUCACACAAUAGACACUUGUGCCUUGAGUCAGUCGAGCAAGGACCAAGAGGAAGGUUUUGGCUCAAAAGUCCUGUGUUUGAGAUGUGCAGUAGCAGCAGGUAAUGCAGGUAACAUUUAUUAUAUUACAUUUUAAACAUAUGCAGUAUCAUUUUCAUAAAAGUUCACAUAUGAAUAUCAACUAAUAGUCUAUUGUAGUAUCUCUGAACAGGUGGACUACAGAGUCGGAGGGUCAGUUGGCCAGAGACUUCCAAAUUCCAAUGUACUGCCAUAUAAUACCAUAGGCAUAGCCCAUAGAUUACAUUAAUCUGCAAUAAGCCAAUGACACUCCUAAACGCCAUGAAGCCAACAUGAAUCUUUGUUAGCACUUACUCACUUAGCAGACAUGGGCCUCAGGCCUGAAGUGCAUAAAAAAAUGAGGUACAUACAGUAGCAUACAAAUUUCAUAAACAAACUCGCCAACUUGGCAGUAGAUGAGUGGAAUACAAAAUAUUGCAAAUACAAUUAGGUAUCAUAACAGCAUAACUUUUCUUACCACUGUAGUACUGCAGAUGUACAUACAUGUUGAUUUAAUUUUGUAUCUCGAUCUAUCAUUCUAUGUCAUUUCAAAUUUUCAAUUCAGUAUUACAGACAAUAGAAUAGUGUUUCCAUUUAUAUUUAUCUAUUUAUAAAUCAUAGGAGAGUAGAGUAAUUCAAGUUCAAAUAGUUCGAAACAUUCAUAUUUCACACAUCCCUGACAAUAAAUCUGACUGUCUGACUGAUUUAGUUCUAAACAUAUCAAGGAUAGUAUUUUGAAAAAACAUGAAAAAUAUAUGUCUUAGCCUUCUAAAGCCAGUUUGAAGUGAUUUAAUAAUAUGUAGUUGUUCAAUAUUUUUUGUAGCAUUCCAGUUGUUAAUGAAAUCCAAGCAGUCAUCUGUGACCAAAAGCAUUAAAAGACCUUUUGCUGGGCAUGGAAAGACACCAUCUGCAAUAUGUCUUCUUUGCUUCAAGCAAUAUCAGAAGGAUAAAAAAAGGACUUUAAAUUUGCAAGAUUUAAUGAUUCUAGCAUGCGUGACCACAUAAAAUUUCAUGACUAUUCAGCUGACAUUAUUAGUAUUGAAGACCCAAGAGCAGCAGAAGCAGUGAUGGCUAUAACGGAAUUUGAAGCUGUAGAAAGCAGGUUAAUGUAUCAAAUUAAUAUAUUUUGGCCUUCUAUACUCCUUUUUCCUCCCAAAGUAUGUGGGACCUGAUUAUAAAUGAACAAUUCUAGUUACAGUAGAUGUUAUUUAGAUUAUUAGAUAUAAGUGAUAUAUUAAGUAGUAGAAUUUCAUUGUGGUAAUUUUUAUAGUAUAUCACUAAACUAGGUCCCCCACUCACUAGAGUAGCAAUGAAGAUUGAAGCAAUGAAUAGAAUUGAAAACAAAUUUUAUGAAAUUAAUGUAAUUAAAUUCUUAAAUCUAUAAAUCUAUUAAUGAUAAAUUCUUCAAGAACCAAAAAGCCAAAGUUGCAACCUAACAUUGUGCCAAAAGUUCACUCAGACAGUUCAUGCAGUAAGAACCAACGAUUGCCAUCAUAUCGAGAAGGACAAAGGUAUUCCGAACAAUGAAACAGAGCAAGUUUUAAAGACGAAAUCUUCACUUUCUGUGUUGGAUUUUGACAUGGAUGUCGAGAAGAGUUUUUUAACUGAGCCAGUUACAAUUUGUGAAGGUCCCCCCCAUCUUGAAGGGAAUGCGACCGAAGCCAUGCCUGAAGGCAAAAGUGGGCAACAAACAUCCUUGGCUACGUUUUUCUCAGGAAAAUCUGCAACUCAUGAUAAAACAACACUGGAUUACAUUGGAUGA